GUGAUGGUUGUGGUGAAGGCUUGCGGGUGUUGGUCCCUCAUUUUGAUUUGCGUAAAACAUUUUGAUUUACCAACAAUGGCUCUCAAAGUUUGGAAGUUGAACUAACCACUAGUGUUUCUCAACUUAAUUCCCCCAAAGUCCAACCACAUCUCAUCAAACUCAUAUUAAUCUUUCCAAAUCAGUUGUGCCUUUCAACAUUUGUUCUCUAUAAAAUACCCUAUUAAUGCAUGUUCUCUUCAACACACAACAAACUUGUUUAGUAGAGAGCCCAUCUCCUUCAAAACUUUCUACUCCAAUCAAACAAUAAUGGCAGCUUUUCAUAGUUGUUUGGUUGUAUCUCUGAUCAUGGCAUUAUCACUUUCAAGCAUCCAGGCAACCAUGGCGGCUCGGGCUGCUCGCCAACUACUGCAGACAACGGUGCCUUCAAUCCCAUCUCUGCCGAAAGUCACACUUCCUCCAUUGCCUACAAUGCCGACCAUCCCUCAAGCCACAUUGCCACCAUUGCCGACGAUGCCUGCUGCCCCAACCUUACCAAAAACCACAUUGCCGCCUUUGCCAAGCACCCAAAUUCCAUCAUUGCCAACUACCAUGCCCACACUUCCUAAGGUGACUCUGCCACCAUUGCCAGCUGCUUCACUACCCACCAUCCCAACAACAAUUCCUUCAUUCCCAACCAUUCCUACAACCAUGCCAUCAAUUCCUUUCCUCUCACCACCACCAUCUAAUUAACUAGUCCUGAGCUGAGCUGAGACACCAACAUCCUAAUCAUGCCCACAACUCCUUCUCUCACCACCGCCAUUAACCACUAGCCUGAGUCUAUAUGCCACCAUUUCUCAUUCAUUUAUUAUGAAUAAGUUUGAUUCAUUGGUAUUUUGGCAGUUUGAAUCAGUUUAUAGUUUAGAGUCAGUUUUCCUGCUUGUAUGGAUUUCAGUUGUUAUUUUGUACAAUUUUGCACUUCUGUCAGGGUUUGUUGUUUAUGUAUGGAUAUCAUUAUUUGUGUU